GCGAGGACCACACGCCCCGGAUUCCUGUUGCGAAACUGAUUUACAACGGCCGGACACAGUGUCCCGACGCGAGGGACAGCAUUACUUUCCAUAGCAACUCCUCGCUUCUCUUUGCUUCUUUUCCUCUCUAGUAACUUGAUGGCGUCUUAAUUGUUGUUAGAAGACUUUUACCGACUCAGCGUGAGACUGCGCGGUUACAAAUUGAAGAAAGUUACCAAUUCUUUCGCUCAGACUUCCAGCAAUAAAUUCAGUUUAUGGCAAGCGUGGGACUGUGUUGAGAUUUUAUUAGGAAUCGAGUAAAACUAUUUUGAUAACUUUCAGUGAAAUAAAAAGAAUUCCUUGGACAAGUUUUCUGUGCUUAAGAUAUGUGGGAAUAAUUUAUUCUUCUCUUAUAAUAUAUUUGUUCAAGAGAGAUUAUCGGCCAUCGCAGUAUUUAACAGAAUAUUUAAUUAUCACCAGUUAUUCAAGAUUGAUAAAGAAUCGAAACUUUUAGUAUAAAAUAAUGAAUGUAUGAAUAAUUGUUUGUUUCCCAAUUUCUUCUUAAAAGUUUAAAAUGUCUCAGCCUUUAGAAUCCAAUUACCAAUCGGAGAGUUAUCCUCCUCAAAGUGGGAAUGCAGAAAAUGAGCAGAAAGGACCAGCUCCUGAAGAAGGGGGGCCUCAGCCAGAAAUAGGGGGUGUCCUUAACAUGUUACCUGCUGGCGCACUCAUCCAAACCAAAAAGGAACAUUUUUACCAUCUUCUUUGGACCAAUAAACAUGUUACUGGAACUUUAUGUGCGGUGUUCUGGUCCUUUGGCAUGUGUGUAGCCUUUCUUGGGCCAACACUUCUUGACUUGGGUUGCAAGACCAAUACAGUAUUUGCCACUAUGUCUUGGGUGUUCUUUAGCCAAUCCCUGUUUGUUCUCCUCGGUUCUGCUUGUGGAGGAUUCCUGGUUCAAAGGAUUAAUCCAUAUAUUCUGCUUGUCGUCAGUAUCAUUAUGAUGGGUAUUACAAUGGCCAUCAUUCCCUUCUGUGAGGCACUUUGGAUUCUAACAUUAGUACUGGCUGUGAUGGGCUUCUUCAUGGGGACAAUUGAUACCGUAGCCAACGUCUCCAUGAUACGAAUUUAUGGAAAAGAUGUAUCACCGUUUUUACAGGCCCUCCAUUUCUUUUAUGGAGCCGGAGCUUUCAUCAGCCCCAUGAUUGCCCAACCCUUUCUACUGAGUGAGGACUGUUCUCCUUUCAUUGACAAUACUUCCGUGCCAGUUCACAUCCUGGAACAAAAUGAGACGCUUCCCGCCAAAAAUUUAGAAGAAGCCAAAAAAAUGACUCACAUAGAUAAUGUGUUCUUUAUUAUGGCUGCUUUAAUGAUACCUGUGGCACUUCUGAGUCUUACUUUACUGGGGAAGGAUGUAUAUUUGAGAAUGAUUGGAAAAGGCGAUGUUAAUCAAAAUAAACAAGCUGAUUUGCCUCCAGAGCCCUUUGAAGAAAAAUACGAUACCAGUCCAGUAUCGAAAUUCCAGACUAUUGUCAUUACUCUUCUGUGCGCAUCUUUAAUGUUCCUGUACGACGGUCUUCAGGCUGUCUAUGGAGGAUAUUUAUAUUCAUAUGCUGUGAAAGGUCCAGUGAGUCUACGGAAAUCGAAUGCAGCUUACCUAAAUGCUCUAUUUUGGGGAAUGUUUGCUAUGGGCCGAUUGUUAUCUAUCGUUUUGGCAACUCGGUUGGCUCCCGCCUUUAUGCUUGGUUGUAACAUAGUUGGUUGUACUCUAGGCAUGCUGUUCAUGUUGGCAUUCAGUCAUAGUAAAGGUGUACUGGUAUUUGGAACGAUCAUUAUCGGCCUAUUCAUGAGUUCAGUAUUCCCAACCACUCUGUCACUUACUGAAGAAUAUAUCAAAGUCACGCCCACGAUUACAAGUUUCCUGGUGUUCGGAGCUGCUUUUGGUGAAAUGUUCAUGCCAGUCAUUCUAGGACAUGAAUUUGACAGGACCGGCCCUAUAACUUUCUUAGUUACAGGAGUUGUACUUUGCUUCUUAUCUCUUAUUAUCUACAUGGCACUCUGGAUAGUGGGUCAUACUAUCGUUCGUUCAACAGGAGGUGGUCUUUUUGGAUUUGCUUCACACCGAUUUCCAGCAGCGGAUGGUGAAGAUACAAGUCUGACAACUCAGCAUGUUCGCUACUAUUCUCGAAUGAGAAGUGAGACAUCCCAAAACAGUUUGGGGGAUCAACAAUAUGCAGAAUCGUCUUUCACUGAGCAAUCGAAUAGCCAAAGGCAACAGCAGCAAUGACCUAUUUAAGGCAUUGGCUUGAUUUCAAGUAUCAUCGUAUUCGAUAGAAAGGCAUCUUUGAUUUUCAAUCAACGGUUUCAUACACUUUUUUUGCAAUUUUUUAUAUGUGUUCAUUUGCAGUGUUUUUGCACUUAAUAUUGAAACUACUUUGACUUCAUUAGCAAGGUCGAAGAUAAUUCGUGUUCUGUUGUUGAUUAUAAAGAGAAGAUGGAACGUUAAGGCGGAAAAUUUUAUCUGUGUGUACCCCUCGCUUCUUCUGAAAAUCUAACAUUCUUUAAAGACGAAGGAUUAAUACAGAAACAGAGAAAAGACAUUAAUGAGGUUUUUCAUUUAACGACUACUUAAGUAAUACAUUUAAAAUCUGAAAAUUUUGGAAACUUGGAACCGUUUUUUUAACAUUAGUAAAUAAUUUCAAACGUUAGCAAAACUUUUAACUAAAGAAAAUGGCAGCUUUAAAUGUUAUAGUAUAUGGUUCAGAAGGAGAAUCUGGGUCAUUUGUUACAAAAAAUAUCAACUAAUUGUUUCAAUGCUUUAUGACUGUCAUCAAUGAAAAGCAUUUAAUUUUCUCAAAGUUUGAGAGAACAUGGAGAGAUCAAAAUAAUAUUAUAUUCAUUGAGAGUUUAUAAUUUCGUUAAAAGUUAAAGAGAAAACUUUUAAUACUUGUUACAGUUGCAGAAAAAAUUUAUUAUAUUGAAACAAUUUCUGUUUCAUCAAAAUCUCAAAUCCACCAUGCUAUCAAAUAUUUUGGCAAAUAUUAGGUAAAAUUAUGGAAAUGAAUUCUUGGAGAUGCAUGUUAUUUUUCGGUGGCUUCAGUUUAUCUUUUAUUUCAAAUUCUUUUGCAAGAAAAAUGAGAAAUUAAUCCCAUCAUAAGCUUGAGAUGAUGUAUAAUGAAAGGCUAAGUCAUAUUUGAUUUCCCACACAGAAACAUUACAAAAUGAGCUAUAGAGCGUUUCCAUGACGCAAAAAAAAAGGCAUGUUCGUUCGAUCUGAGCUUUAUCCAGAUUUUUGUAGCUUUCGUAAGUUAUUUUAAUUGUAAAGGUAUGUAGAACUUUAAACGUACAGGUGUGGAAUCAAAAAUAUAAAUUAAACUAAUUUUAGUAUUUAAAAUCCAAAUAAAAUAUGUUACUUAACUCUGUUUCUGACUCGGAAAAAAAAACAAUUUAAUGAAUAUAGGGUGCGAUAGUAAAACGGGCUAUUUUAAAACUCUAGAAAUAAAUAAUGUGAUAAAGAAGAAAAUAAUAUUAUAUUCAUGUGGAAGAUUUAAAAAAAAAAAACAUUUACUGUCCAUGAUCAGUAGAGAUGGAGUCGUGGAUUGAUGAAAAAUAAGCAUUCGUUGUAAAAGCCUUUUAUAAAAACAAAGCGAGUUACUUUGCUGAACAGUGUUUAUUUCGAAUUCAUUUUAAUUUAAAACACUAAGAGCCAACUCUUUUUACUUAUAAAACGGAAUUUCUGAAAAAAGAUUUGAAAACGAUGGUAAUACAAACAGGUACAAAGAUAUAAGUGAAUUAGGGGGAUAUAAAUAUGCCAAUACCAAGAAAAUAAUAAUUUUUAAAAACAUUGGCUCUGAUAACUAUAUUUAGCCCGUAAUUUGUAUAAAUGGAGUCUAGGAUUGGAGAAAAACUUUCGCUGUGAAAGCUGUUUAUAAAAAUAGAGCUAGCUACAUGUCAGAACAAAGAGCAUUCUUAGCUCAUUCUAGCUUAAUACAUUAAGACCUCGUUCUUUUUACUAAAGAAACUAGAAUGUGCAUAAUUAGAUUUGAAGAAAUCGACAAUAUUGAGAAAUAUAAAAUAUGAAAAUUUAAGAAGGAAAAAAAUUAAAACAGCGCACGCAUACAGCAUAUAAUAUACAUCUCAAAUAACAGAACAUUUUUUGCUAUUAUAUAAAUGCAUGUAAAUACUAUUUCUAAGUAUCCGACGCAAAUGAUUAAUUUAUAUUUAAGUUGCAUUUUUAUAUGUUUCAGGAUGCUUUAAAUACAUCUGAAUUUCUGGUCGUGUUUUAAAUUCGCCCGUUUAAAAAUAACCGUGCUCUGCGUUAUUUUAUAUUUUAGGCCUCAUUUUCUUUUUGGACUAUAAUCAGAUAUCAUGCCAUAAAUCUAAACCAAAUAUCAUACGUAUAAAAUUCUAAAAUGUAUCUAAAACCUAUAAUAUUUCUGGAAUUGCCUCAGAUUACAGAUUUUUUCGCGUAGUUAAAUAUAAUCUAUCUGAGAUUAUAAGCACAGUAUUAUGCGAUCAGUUUAAGAGUUUAUUGUAGAAAAUAUUUUAAGAUUUAUAUCAAAGACUGAUCAAGAAGAUAUCUUGUAAUCUUUUAUAAUUUAUUUUUAAUUUAAGCACUAAUUCAUCUCCUUCCACAGCUGUAAUGUUACUUAAGCCAGACCGAAGCAAAGGAAAAAGCAAGAAAUUAAAAGUGAGAACUAUUAUACCUGAGUUUUUUUUCCAGAUUGUUAAAAAAAAAAAUUCUAAUUUAGGGUUGUUGUUUUUUCAAUGUAACGAGAAAAGAAUUCUUUUGGAUAUGUAUAUAUCCGAAGAUGUAAAUAAAGGAGCUCAUAAAAUACUAAAACUUGAAAUGUGAUGCAUACCAUUAACACAGGUUUUGCAAUCAGUAUGAUAAAAACAAUUCUGCACGUAGGCAAUGUAUAGUGAGCCCAAAUGUGUUAACUUUCAUCUCUAGUAACUCCUUCCCUCUUUCGUAGUCAUUUAAAUCUCUUCAAAGUGUUGGCAUUUAGAAUGUCAUAAAUUGUGUGAAUGUAGUUUUGUAAAUGGUAUUCAUGUGAUAUUUAUAAUACUGUUUCUUCCUUUCAAGAAUACGUCACAUUCAAAAAUUAGAUACACCACAUUUAUAUCGUUCUUUUGAAGGAUUGGUAAAUUUUUGACAAGAGAAGCCAUAAAUUGGAGAUAUAUUGACUUGAUUAGAUUAAUUAAUGUAAAAUUAAAACUCUUAAGUUAAUUCAGAUUUCUAAGAACAUAUAUUUAUAAGUAUGACAGAAAAGUUAGAAAUACUACAUAAAUUUGCAAAUAGGAAAUAUCCAAAAAUGUUAUCAGACGAUCAAACAGGAAUCUUCAAAGAUUUGAUUCGUUAAACAGUUGCAUUAUUUAGUAAUGAACACGUAAUGUUAAUUCUCAUUCAUUUGGUUAAUUUUAUACCUUUAGAGGUUCAUUAUCUUGAUAGAAUGUUAUUUUUAUUUUCAGAGAAGGAAAUUAAUUUAUUUUAAAUCUUUGAGAUUCCAUUGAAAUCAAUUUAAAGGGGGGGGAGGAAAUUCAUUGAUUUAAAGAUAAUUAUUUUUUAUUCAAUAUUUAAAUCAAAUUAUACAAAAAUUCUUUAAAUUUUUUCAAAAUUUUGAAUUUUUUAGAAUUUUAUUCAAAUCUUUAAAGAAAUUCUACAGUAACAAAGCAAAUAUUUUAAAUGAAAGAAACAUUUCAAAAAUGUUAUCACAUUUAAGGAUUGAACCACCAAUCAUCAAAGCAUUAUUCUUGUGCAAACAAGAGAGUUAUUUCUACUUACGGUUAUUUGCUUUAAACUUUUACUUUCCUCAUUAAAAAAGAUUCGACUUAAAAUUCUCAUUAUUGUAUUUUCGCAUAAUAAUUCAAAAUGGAAAAUUUUAAAAAAUAAUUCAAAAGUUCUAACUCAAGCAUUUUAUUUAUAAUUAGGAUUGCAGGAGCAAAUGUAGCCCCAGCAAUGUUAUUCCAUGCAAUCCAUUUAAAGCUAAAAAUGCCUAGUAAAUUACAACUAGGCUCAAGUGCGUAUUUUGAAUAGCAUAAUUGUAAAAAACUAUCUGUCUAUAGUGAAUGGAAGAAUCAUGAUUACUCGAAAUUUUAAGCAACGGUUUUGAGAAGUACAAUGUAUUUUGUCUAAAGUGCUCUUCUGAAAUUGCAUUCCACUAACUACUGAAAUAAUAUUUAAAUGUUAGAAAUGUUGAAGAAUUCGGUACAAGUUCUUAUUGAAAUUGAUAUUUGUCUUGAAUAUAAUAAUGCUUAGUAUUUAUAUCUUAAGUCCAGUCUCUAAAUUAAUCAAAAGUAAACUUCCAAAAAAUCUAAUCAAAUUGAAAAUGUGAAAAAUGUCAUUCUUGUAUAUUAAGUGAACUUUGUAUUGCACAGUAUUGAAUUUUUUUUAUCAAUAAUAAGUUUUAUACUAAUAAUUUUAAUUAGUAUAAAAAAUCUUCCAAGCCUGAAGUUCUUUAUAUUGUAAUUAAUUUUGAAAUAAAAUAGAUUCAGAUAAUGCCACAGAGGAUUAUGUGUAACUACUGCAUUUUUGCACCGCUUUGUUGUAUAAUCAUAUUGUCUAUAGUAUUAUUCAAUUGUUAAACUCAUUAUUAUACUUUGUUAAAGAAAACUCUUUGGCAGAUAUCGUGUUCUUUGAGUUUAAAAUGUUUAUGCAUGUUUGUCAACUGCACACUUAAACUGAAUCCGUAUUUCUAUCAUUUGUUAAAGUUGUAAUAUGAUAAUGCUAAAAAAAGUGAUAAAUGCUUUAAAUGCUCAGUCUUGGUGUUGUUGUUGUUUUUUUUUGUGCAAAUAUGAAGCUUUGUUUAUUGUUUGAAUAAUAUGAAUUGAUAAUUGAACAGUUCUUUUAAUUUUUUAAUGCCAUAGAUAGAACUGUUUCAGCUAUGGCAAUAAAACUUAAAGUCAGAAAUGUGAUGUUUAAUCAAUAGAAUGUUUAGAUAUUAACUGUGAAUUUAUAAAA